UGAAUAUGUUCCCAAUGAAGUGGAACAAAUGUAGAUUUAGUUGCCGAGUGAUUUAGGAAUGCAAAAAAAUCCGAGACAGUCAUUGAUUUUGUAUAAGUUAUUUAAAACUGUAAAUUUGACUUGAAUAACCUAGGCAUCCUAUUUAUUUUGAUCGAAGCCCCAUAAGAUGAGGUGCAAACUUGUGGUCCCACACUGUCACUGGACAAAAGAGGCGAUACCUCCCUGUGCUUUUACGCAAACGCACUGACUGUCUACGCAGGACGACGCCAAGUGAAGGGCCGAGAUUCAACGAUUACCACACAUCAACAAGCGCUUCUUGUGUCGCUGGACACACUGGCUCAACAUGCAUCGGACUAUUCAAGUGGGAUUGUUCUGCGUCUGCGAGAAUAACCGACGCGUGAAAAAUGACGGGUUAUAAACUAACAAGAAGUCUCUCAUCUUUGGAAUUGAAUGAAGAGUCUUGUGCCACAACGCAACUCGAAGUGCACCACCAAGGCCAUGAUAAGAGGCAGCUUUUACAUUUACAUUUAAGUCAUUUAGCAGACGCUCUUAUCCAGAGCGACUUACAGAUGUGUUGUCAGUCUCUAGCUACCGUAAUAAUAGCUAUCAAACUUUAAAAAAAAGUUACAACAGUCAUACUAGCUAUACGUUUAGUCAUGACAUCUAACUGAAAUAUGUAGCUAGCUGGCUAGCUAUAUGUUUAUUUUUGGUAGCUAGCUAGCUCAGAUAGCAUAGAGCUAGCCAGUUAGCGUAGCUAGCUGACGAACUUGUUUUUUUUAAAUAGCGCUCGAGCUAGCUAACGGUAGCUAAUCAGCUAGCUCAGAUAGCCAGUUGGCGUAGCUAGCUGACGAACUUGUUUUUUUUUUAAAUAGCUUGUUUUAACUAACUCGAGCUAGCUAGCGGUAGCUAGCUAAUCAGCUAGUUUAGAUAGCAUAGAGCUAGCUAACGGUAGCUAAUCAGCUAGUUUAGAUAGCAUAGAGCUAGCUAACGGUAGCUAAUCAGCUAGUUUAGAUAGCAUAGAGCUAGCUAACGGUAGCUAAUCAGCUAGUUUAGAUAGCAUAGAGCUAGCUAACGGUAGCUAAUCAGCUAGUUUAGAUAGCAUAGAGCUAGCUAACGGUAGCUAAUCAGUUAGCUCAGAUAGCAUCCUGGUUAGUAAAUGAGACCAUUUUAACGGCUGGAGUUGCUAGCCAGUUAGCGAACUACAGUAACACUUUUUUUUUUUUCUUGUGGCAAAUUUGACAACCACUUUCUAGCUAACUAAUGUUAGCCUGUUAGCUUUUCUUUUUGACUGUGUUAACUUACCAAUAACGUUAGCUAACGGUAAUAUAUAUAUAUAUAUACAUACACACGUUUGUUUUUUAUUUCUAAAUAGUUAACAUUACCUUACUCGACUAGGUGUAUGGUGUAGCUAGCUAGCUGACUUUUCCACCGUGCCUGGACUGACCGACCCCCCCACCAGGACAAGCCGGGGCCGAUGCUGACGGUCCGCAUCACGGCAACAGUAAGGAGCCAUGCAGCCGCAGCAAAUAUACGACUUUUCAAGUGACGAGAACAGUCACAAAUGGCGAGGCCUCUUCGUGCAAGCGUUGCGAAAGGUGCAGCUGCAGGUGCAUCCCACCCUGUCAGCCAAGGAGGGAGCUCUGGAGCACAUCGAAGAGCUGAUCCUGCAGCUGCUCAACAUGCUGUGUGUGGCCCAGCCGCGCUCUGUACAGGACGUGGAGGAGCGUGUCCAGAAGACCUUCCCCCACCCCAUAGAUAAAUGGGCCAUAGCUGACGCCCAGUCGGCCAUCGAGAAGAGGAAGAGGAGGAACCCCCUACUGCUCCCUGUGGAUAAGAUACACCCUCUACUCAAGGAGGUGCUGGGUUAUAAGAUAGACUACCACGUCUGCCUCUACAUCGUGGCGGUUCUAGAGUACAUAUCAGCUGACAUCCUGAAGCUAGCAGGAAACUACGUUGGUAACAUCAGACACUAUGAGAUCAGCCAGCAAGACAUCAAGGUGUCCAUGUGUGCAGACAAGGUCCUAAUGGACAUGUUUGACCAGGACGAGGACAUCGGUCUGGUGUCUCAGUGUACGGAGGAGCCGUCGUCGUCGGGGGAGCUGACCUACGAUGACCUGGUGCGCUUGGAGAUUGCAGAGGAGCGCCAGUACCUGCGGGAGCUUGACCUCAUCAUCAAGGUGUUCCGACAUCACUUCCUGUUCAACAACAAGAUCUUCACGCCUCAGGAUGUUGAGGUUAUCUUCAGCAACAUUUCGGACAUUCAUGAGCUGACGGUCAAACUUCUGGGGCUGAUAGAGGACGCAGUGGAGAUGACCGCUGACACUAGCCCUCAUCCUCUGGUGGGCAGCUGCUUCGAGGACCUGGCAGAGGAGCAGGCGUUUGAUCCGUAUGAGACCCUGUCUCAGGACAUCCUGUCCAGACAGUUCCACGAGCACUUCAGCAGCCUGAUGGCCCGGCCUACUGUAGGACUAUACUUCCAGUCCAUAGCUGAAGGUUUCAAGGAGGCAGUUCAGUACGUCCUGCCACAGCUCAUGAUGGUUCCUGUAUACCACUGUUUGCACUACUUUGAACUACUGCAGCAGCUGCAGGAGCACAGUGAGGAGCAGGACGACAGAGAGGGUCUGAAGCAGGCCAUCACCGCUCUGCUCAACCUCCAGUGUAGCGUGGAACGCAUCUACACCAAACACCUGCCCCGACGCAAGCCUGGUGAGCCCAUGUACCGUCUGUACAGUCGGCAGGUGCGCAGCAAGCAGCUGGCCAUCAAGAGGAUGAACGAGAUCCAGAAGAGCAUCGACGGCUGGGAGGGGAAGGACAUCGGCCAGUGCUGUUCCGAGUUCAUCCUGGAGGGGGCGCUCCUCCGCGCCGGCGCCAAACACGAGCGACACAACUUCCUGUUCGACGGCCUCAUGAUCAGCUGCAAGGCCAAUCAGAGCUCCCGACUCCCCGGUUCCGGAAGCGGGGCCGAGUUCCGUCUCAAGGAGAAGUUCGUCCUGCGGAAAGUCCGCAUCGUGGACCGCGAGGACUCUGCGGAGUUAAAACACGCCUUCGAACUCGUCGGUAAAGACGAGAACUGUGUGGUGUUCUGCGCCCGCUCGGCGGAGGACAAGGGGGCGUGGAUGGCGGCGCUGGUCACCCUGCAGUACCGCUCCACGCUGGACCGUAUGCUAGACACUGUCCUACAGCACGAGGAGCAGGCCCAGCCCCUCCGCCUGCCCUCCCCCGAGCUUUACCGUUUCGCUGUGCACGACUCCGAGGAGAACAUUGUGUUUGAGGACAGUGUCCAGAGCAAGACGGGGAUACCUAUUAUCAAGGCUGGGACGGUGGUCAAGCUUAUAGAGAGGCUCACAUACCACAUGUACGCUGAUCCCAACUUUGUACGCACCUUUCUGACCACCUACCGGUCAUUCUGCAAGCCCCAGGAGCUCCUGAGGCUGUUGAUAGACAGGAUUGAGAUCCCUGAGCCAGAGCCCACAGAGGCAGACAAACAGGCUCUAUGGAAUGGGGAUCAGCCAAUGGCUGCAGAGCUACAGAGGUUCCGCAGGGAGUACGUCCAACCCGUCCAACUCAGGGUUCUGAAUGUGUUUCGUCAGUGGGUGGAACAUCAUUUUUAUGACUUUGAGAACGACCCUGAGCUACGAGGCAGACUGGAGGAGUACAUCAGCAGCAUUCUACAACUCCGAGGAAAGUCGAUGAGGAAGUGGGUGGAGUCCAUCAACAAGAUCAUCAAGAGGAAGAUGCAGACUCAGUCCAACGGGGUCAGCCACAACAUCACCUUCGAGAGCCCGCCCCCGCCCAUCGAGUGGCACAUCAGCCGCCUGGGUCAGACGGACACCUUUGACCUCAUGACCCUUCACCCCAUAGAGAUCGCCCGCCAGCUCACCCUUCUGGAGUCUGAACUGUACAGGGCUGUGAGGCCGUCUGAGCUGGUGGGGAGUGUGUGGACUAAAGAGGACAAGGAGAAUAACUCUCCCAACCUGCUGAGGAUGAUCCGUCACACCACCAACCUCACGCUGUGGUUUGAGAAGUGUAUUGUGGAAGCAGAGAACCUGGAUGAGAGGGUAGCGGUGUUAACGCGGGUCAUUGAGAUCCUCCAGGUGUUUCAGGAGCUCAACAACUUCAAUGGUGUUCUGGAGGUGGUCUCCGCCAUCAACUCUGUCCCCGUCUACCGGCUCGACCACACCUUCGAGGCGGUCCCCGAGAGGAAGAAGAGGAUCCUAGAGGAAGCAGUGGAACUGAGCCAGGACCAUUUCAAGAAGUACCUGGCCAAGCUCAAGUCCAUUAACCCGCCCUGCGUGCCUUUCUUUGGGAUCUACCUGACCAACAUCCUGAAGACAGAGGAGGGGAACCCCGACUUCCUGAAGAGACACGGCAAAGAGCUGAUCAACUUCAGUAAGAGGAGGAAAGUAGCAGAAAUCACAGGAGAGAUACAGCAGUACCAGAACCAGCCUUACUGUCUCAAGGCCCAGCAGGACAUUAAGAGGUUUUUUGAGAACCUGAACCCGAUGGGCAGUCUGGGUGAGAAGGAGUUCUCUGACUACCUGUUCAACAAGUCUCAGGAGAUAGAGCCUCGUAACUGCAAGCAGCCGCCACGAUUCCCCAGGAAGACCCUGUACCCCCUGAAGUCCCCGGGGAUCCGGCCGGUGCGCACCUCUACAUCAGGGACCCUGAAGGGCCACCCCGUACCCCUGGAGAGAGAGCCCCCGCACAAGAUCACCUUCAGGAGCAUCGCUGAGACAGAGCAUGAGACGUCUUCCAUAGCCUCGGUCCCCACCUCUCCCAGCACCCCUACGCCCCCACAGUCUGCCUGCUCAGACCUCAGCUCUGUCUUCAUGGAACCAGAUCUCUAUAGUGUUUAUGGUGGCUCAACUUCUCUCUGUGGCCAUUUUAUAUCAGGUGGAAACUCCAUAUUCUGUUCUGUUCUCCUCCCGCCCUCAAAGUUCCACUCAGUGUCUUGUGGAAGCCUACACCAGCUGGGAGAGGAGUUACUGAAGCCCCCUCCACUUCCCCCUCGCAGGAAGGAUGCUUUCUCUGAGACCAAGUUGAGUUCCAGGUCCAAAGGUCCCCCAGCCAUCCCCCCCAGACUGCCCCCUCCUCUUCCCAGGGUCCAGCCCCGCACCCCAGUCUACAACGGCCUCAGCGACGGCCCCCUCCCCAGCAGUCCCCCACCUCCACCCCCCCGGGACCCCCAGCCGGACACCCCUCCCCCCGUCCCCCAGAAGCCACCAGAGAUCUUCAUUAACUACCCCCCGAACCUCCAACCCUCCCCCUUCGGCCGCUUCCACUGGGAUUUUGGCAGUUCCCCCUCCCCUGGAACGCCCCCGGGUUCCCCCUCGCCCCGCGUCCCCCGACGGAGCUGCCUGCUCAGCGCCAGCCAGAACAGUCUCUGCCCGCUCCCUCUGCCCAUCAUGGCCCCACCUGUACCUCCCCGCCACAACUCCUCCUCCCAGCUCCCCAAACUUCCCCCAAAGACCUACAAGAGGGAGCUGUUGUCACCCCCUUUACAGAGCCUCUCAUUGGUGGAGAGCACAGAGGGUAGCCAAUGAGGAGCCUCCUGGCUUCUUUUGUUGUUUCCUUCGCAUCAUGGCUGCUGCUCCACACAAUACAAACUGUAUCAUACUAUGACCUCAUGACUCAGAGCGAUUUAAAAACUAACUAAUCAGGAUUUUUUUUUUUUUUUUUUAAUGCUACUGAUCGUAACAAAGACUCCAAAACCCCCUCCCACUCAUCUCCUACAUUGACCAAUCACAACACGGCCACUCCUCUCAGGGUAUCAGUAGCCCCACCUUCAUUUCAAGCCCUCUGUGCCAAUGGGAAAUCCACACCAGUGUGCCAGCCAAUGAACAAGGAGCCCCAAGACACUGAUUCAAACUCAGAGGAGGCUCUGUGUGUGCAGUACACGUCACACACCUGUACACAACAUUGACGCGGUCAUUUUCUUCAUAUAGAUAUUCCACUCUGUACUGGUGUGGACAGGACAGUAUGCCAUAGUCCAGUAGUAACUCUCCUACCCCCAAAAGAGCCACUGUGCUGAACCCAGAAAGGAGAGGACUGUGUCCUCUUCAGCCUGUCCUGGUGGUUGGGGACUAUACAGACCAACCACCAUGACACUUCCAUCGGCAUGGACAGGUCUUCUCACUGCCAACGCUUUGUGUGGAUCUAUGGGCAUUGUUGCGUUGGCACACGGUCGUGUUGCGAACGCCAUUCACUCGUUCACCCCAGGAGUCAGUCCUCUUGUCCUGUGGUUCUCGGACGGACGGACGGACGGACUCCACUCUGGAUCGUACAAGACCUCAAUGCUCUUUUAUCAUCGAACGAAUCAAACACACAUUUACUGUGGUUCUCCUCGUGAGGCUCCUCCCAUCUGUGUCGACUCCCACAUUUUAGUGACCAGUACGAUGUUCUGCAGGGGGUCAUAUAAGGGAUUCAUGUUUUGAGGAAUGACUGUGGAUAUUUCCAUCCAGUCGUUCAGACAUUACCAACCUGAUCGUUGUCACACUGAAAUCCUUUCUCCUCCUUUGUUUGUUGGUCUCCACUGUGCACUGAACUGAGUAGAGCUGUGACUGUAAUGGGUGUGUUACUGUGUGGUACAGGAGGAUCGUAUAGCCCCCUAACAUGGGGUCCUUGCUGUAGUUGGUAGCUACAUCCAGCCCUGCUGGUCCUAGAAUUACCCUCCAUUUCAGAUGUUGCCUUUGACCCCACAGCACUGACCUCUGUGGGCCUCUGCUAGAGGGAUGGGUGGUGUGUGUUCGCUCCACUUGAACAUAAAGCUUGGUCAACGUUUGUUGUGUCUACCUUUUUUUUAAGUCAUAUGAUGGAUAUCAAAGAGCUCCGAUCUCGGAAAAGGAUUUGACGACAACCUUGAUAUCUCUUCUCCUCUGCCCUCUCCUCUGAGAUAUCUCUUCUUCUCUGCCCUCUCCUCUCUCUCUCCUCUGCCCUCUCCUCUGAGAUAUCUCUCCUCUGCCCUCUCCUCUGAGAUAUCUCUCCUCUGCCCUCUCCUCUGAGAUAUCUCUCCUCUGCCCUCUCCUCUGAGAUAUCUCUCCUCUGCCCUCUCCUCUGAGAUAUCUCUCCUCUGCCCUCUCCUCUGAGAUAUCUCUCCUCUGCCCUCUCCUCUGAGAUAUCUCUCCUCUGCCCUCUCCUCUGAGAUAUCUCUCCUCUGCCCUCUCCUCUGAGAUAUCUCUCCUCUGCCCUCUCCUCUGAGAUAUCUCUCCUCUGCCCUCUCCUCUGAGAUAUCUCUUCUUCUCUGCCCUCUCCUCUGAGAUAUCUCUUCUCCUCUGCCCUCUCCUCUGAGAUAUCUCUUCUCCUCUGCCCUCUCCUCUGAGAUAUCUCUUCUCCUCUGCCCUCUCCUCUGAGAUAUCUCUUCUCCUCUCUCUCUUCUCUGCCCUCUCCUCUGCGAUAUCUCUUCUCCUCUGCCCUCUCCUCUCUCUCUUCUCUGCCCUCUCCUCUGCCAGUGACGUGGUGACAACAGCAGCCAGACCUUUAUCUGUCCAGGGUAGCGAGCAGAUUGCAACAUGCUAAUGUGAGGCUCCGUUGGCAGUUACAUGGUAGUUACUUUUUGGUGUAGGUCAGAUCGACCAGCCUUGUCCAUACUUCCCUCAAUUGCCGACUUGGAAGACAACCAAUGUCCUCUUGUCUAGUUGCAGGGGGUUUGUUUGAACUUUAGAAAAUGCAGCGUAAUUAAAUAAUAAUAAUUGCUCCAUGAAGUAAAUCCCAACAUUGUGUAUGCCGCCAUCUUGUCAAUUUCAAAUAAAGGAAUAUUUUCUAAA